AUGGAUGUGCUCCUGCCAUUCACCGAGGCUUUGGCGAAGACCAGCGAGAUCCAGGCCGCAGUCAAGGCAGCGCAAGAAAAGGCCGAGGCCAUCCCGUGCCUCGAGGUGAAAUUUUGCAGUGCCACGUACGUCGCUGGUGCACAAGCCCAAGAGCUUCCCGAUCCGAGCGCUUGGGCAUUAUACGAGAUGCUCAGUGGCAUGUUCAAGGGAAUUCAAGAAUUCAAGGGACGACAUACUCCGAAAGACGAAAAAUAG